AUGAUCUCCAACAGCGACAUUCUCGUUCGCGUACAGUUUGAAGUCUUUGGCAAGGUCCAGGGUGUCUUCUUCCGAAAGUUUACACACGGCAAGGCCAUUGAGCUCGGCCUGGUUGGUUCCGAGACCAAGGUCGCCAUUUUCAAAGAAUGGGUCUCCAAAACCGGGUCUCCAAGAUCCAGAAUCACAAAGUGCGAGUUUUCGGGCGAAGAGAUUAUCCCGACCUUGUCCUUCAGCACUUUUGAAAUUCGAAAGUAG